UGGACAUUUUUUUUUUUUUAAAUAACGGUCUAGCUGGACACCGUGAUUUGAUCUAUUGUGAUAUUGCCCUGGAGUUUUCUUCACAUUAUUUGCAGUAUCACUAUUGGAGCAAAUGAUAUGCUUUUCAUUUAUAUCCGUGCUUGUGUGUGAGAAUUUACUCUUUCAAUUCAAGCUUAAUGCUCUAGUACAUCGAGCCUCUUUCAUUCCGACCAAUAUUGCCAACUAUCUUAGAAAACACCGUCCAAAAUCAUUAAUUAUGUCACAAAGAAUAUAAAGUAGUCCAUUAUUCCAUUGUGUUAGCAUGAUUUACCCAUAAUAUCUAUCCAUUCAUAUGCUUUUACUGCAAACAAUAGGAAUCGUUUUUGUUUAACUUAUGUAUUGGGGUAUAAAUUCGGGGAUAAACUAGAAGGUUCAUUAAUUUUGUACAAUGCCAUUCUACAGACGGAUCCGUACUUACCUGAGCAGGUUUACCUGGCUUAUUCUCACCGCAGGGUUGGCUUACACAACAGUUACCUUCUCUCGACAGUUAACAUUAUCGUUCAUAGAAAAUCCACUGACAUUUUCUAUUGAUACAGCUUACCUACAUUGGGAUACAACGUUUCCAGCCGUCACCGUGUGUCAGGUGCUGAACGACGAAUCGAUUGCCGAUUUACUUGACCAAGAAUUCGGACAGGAACGGAAUUACAAGCUUGACAGCGUCAUCAGUGAUGUAGCGUUUUACGGUGGCACUUGCUUCUCGUGUGAAGAUUGCACGAAAGGCAGUCUGGAUUGUCCGAAAAAUCUUUCCCUAAUAGUAGCCAAGUACCGGUUGAGUUGUACCGCUCUGCUAGCAAACUGUUUCUGGCAGAAUGAACCCUUCGAUUGCUGUCAGCUUUUUCUCCCGCUGGAAACGGAAUUUGGUGAAUGCUAUAGUAUUAACACGCUUAACAGUGCCCGGGAGAGGACGGUUAAACUGGUUAACAACCGACACACGGGACCGGGCGUUUUACGGUUCGAAGUUCGGGAGGACUUGCAAAUUUAUUUGCAUGAUGAGUAUGCGGUUCCUUUCGCCGAUAUGGAAGGAUCGUUGAAAGAGACAGUCCUCUUGGGAACGGGGAAAGAAAUUAUUAUCCGAAUUAUAGGGAUGGAAAAUCACCCAAGUGUGGAGGAUAUUCCGAUCGGGCGUCGAGGCUGUCGGUUUCCGUGGGAAAUUUCUAAUGAAAAGUCACGGCUGUAUAACAGUUAUAGCUAUGCCUCGUGCGCGGUGGAAUGUUUUAUGGCUACACAAAUGCAAUUCUGCAACUGCAGUCACCAUUUGAUGCCGAAGCUGAGGAAAGCUGAGUUUCCCAGUUCAAUCUGUGAUUAUGCGGGAUUAACUUGUUUGACGGAAAAAUCAGCCGAAAUAUCGAAACAGCGAAAACAAUGCUCUUGUUCUUCAUCCUGUGUCGAACCGGAAUUCAUCGUCAUCUAUAGUUCGGAAAGUGAAGCGGAAGAUCAGCAGGACCAAGUUAUAAUUAGGAUGCUAUCCCUACCGGAAAGUAAAUUCGUGCGAAACGCGCUGAAAACAAAAACCGACCUAUUCACGUUCGAAUGAUUUGUAAGAGACCCUGGCUGUUCGAGAAAGGAAAAAGUCGCGCUGGGAAUCAAUGCAACAUCGAAUAAGCGCACGUUGUAAAGUACGCAAACUUUGUGCCCUAGUUUGUUCUUCUUUGUCAACAUAGAAGUGGUGAUAAUGUAAGUCUUAAGAAAUGCUACUUACUGUUAAGUUGCAAACAUCCAGCCGUUGUUUAUUCUUUGGUGAAGAGCAGCUUGUUAAAAAGUUUCGAAUGUGAUAGGAUCGGGCUUUAUAAUGCUAGAUAUCAAUCGUACCAUGCAUUUUUUGACUCUCUUUAGAUACUGUUUUGAUAAUUUCCAAACUAAGUGCUUUUCUACGUGUCACCGUGUUUUCAAUUAGCAUCCGUCCCCAUUUCCACCGAAUUCGAUGGAGGCGCAUUGUUCACCACGAACGAAUACGUUGGACUUUACUAGAACAACUAGAACUACAACUUUCACUUGUUUGUUAUUAUUCAGCGAUCGUUCUUGACUGGCUCGUGAUGAACGAUUAAACAGGUAACCACCCCUGGAAAUAAAUCAAUUAUUCUACGAAGCCAGUCCGAAGCCAGCCAGUCCAGUCCAGCUCUGCACAAGGUGACCCGGUAAUGAUGGACAGGUAACACAUGUAUAAUUAACAAGCUUCAUUCGGAAUGGAAAAAUGUAAACAAAAACUAUUGUUGAACGGAAGUUUUUGUUGAACGACAGCGGGUACUUAAUUCGCAUUGAAUUUACCCCUUGUCAAGCCGGCUUAAAAUGCUAUGAUUUUGCACAGCAGAAAAUUGUUAAAAAUUGUCUGUGUUCAUGGCGAAACACAUAAAUCGCUUACAACGGUCGACC